AUGUGCAAAGUCUUCCCACCCAGCUUGGGAGAAACUGGACUCCGAUGGUUCGAUCGACUCCCCACUAGAUCGAUCCGUGGCUGGAAGCAACUCUCCGAAGAGUUCCUAGCCAGGUUCGUCUCCAACACUAAGAUUCCGAAAGAGCCGGAUACACUGUUCGGCCUUCGAAAGGAGCAGGAAGAAACACUACGCAGUUAUGCUAGGAGGUACUGGGAAGAAUACAAUGAUCUGGAGGAAAAUGUGUGUAGUGAACAGAUGGUCAUCUUGUCUUUCAAGCAUGGCCUGCGCCCGGAAAGUAGGUUGAGACAAUCACUUACCAAGCGCCCAGCCACAACAUUAAAAGACUUGCUUGCCAGGAUUGAGCAAUACGCUCGCCUCGAAGAUAAUCAGAUCCCUAUUGAGGUAGCAUCAACAGAACAAACAGCUCGGUACAAGAAGAGAACAAAUCGAGAAGAACACAGAGGGAUCGCAGUGAAUGAAGUGGAUAAGUCCAAAUCCCACAAAGCCAUCAUGACUGUGUUCAAAGAGCCAAUUUAUCGAAUCUUAGAAAAGAUCAAGAGAGAGCCCUUCUUUGUUUGGCCGCCGAAAAUGUUGGGAGAUCCGGCUCGGCACAAUCAAAAGCUCAGAUGCACUUACUAUCAAGACAGAGGGCACAUGACUCAGAACUGCAGAGCACUGAAACAACACUUGGAAGACUUAGUAGCAGCUGGGCACCUUCGGGAUUACAUUGAUCAGGAUAAGAAAGUGACCGAACCGGGGAACCUACCACCAGAACCAACUAUUAAGCAUCCACCUCGACUAAUAAUAAAUGUGAUCCACGAGACAACGACUCAGGAAGGGAGCCGUCUUAAGGGAGCCAUCUAUCAUAUUUCCCCUCUCUUCAGCAGCCCUACGAAGCAAGUCGGCGUGCUGAGUUUUCUCUUCCUCAACAACGACUCUCAUUCGCUCAUCUUCAACCUUUGUGGUUUCGACCUCUGCCUUCAUCAUCGCCUCAGCCAACUUGGCUGCAGCUGCUGUGGCCUUGCUUUUUUCCUCCUCAAGCUGGCUUUCAAGAAUGUUGAGUCGUUCCAUGACGUCGUAGUGAUGACAGCCGAUCUCGGCAAUCAUUCUUGCCGCCUAACAAAGAUAACGAAACAAAGGCAUGAUUAG